AUGGCACCAGUCGGCAUCUACUCACGUCUAAAGUCCUUCUACACAGGCGAAAAGGAGCCAGAAUUGCCUCCUAUCAGCACCACCACCGCGGUAGCCUUGUUGGUCGUCUAUACACUCAUCUACGUCCUCCCUUUCUACCUCUCCUCCGCCACCCGCCCCUCUCCCAACCUCUCUCGCGAUGCGCCGUCCGUGAUUCGGGGCCGCAUACGCCUCGUCACCAUCACCUGCGUCCUCUGCUCCAUCGCAUCCUUCACCCUCCUCUCCUCCGUCGAUGGCGGCACCUUUGUAGGAAGUCUUCACCACAUGGGCUACGCCCCCCUCGGCAUACCUGAAACCGCGAAGAGCCUCGCCCUCACAGCGAUCCUAUUCUUAGGACCACUAUUCGAAGCCGGCAUUGCGGAGGGAGGAUGGCGGGGCUGGGUACGGGGGACGGGGCUGGAUGAGGCCCUCAGUUCGUGGAUCGGCUACAGGAAUUACGUCGCGGGCCCGGUAACAGAAGAAGUGCUCUUUCGCUCUGCCGCCGUCCCCCUCCUCCUUCUCGCCCGCACCUCGAACACCACCAUCAUUUUCCUCACGCCCAUCGUCUUCGGUCUCGCCCAUUUCCACCACUUCUACGAGUUCCGCAUCACCCACCCCGACACGCCCGUCGGCCAAGCUGUUUUCCGCUCUAUCUUCCAGCUGCUGUAUACGACGCUGUUUGGAGGCUAUGUGACGUUCCUGUAUAUGCGGACAGGGAGUUUGCUGGCUGUGAUACUGGUGCAUGCUUUCUGUAAUUGGCAGGGCUUUCCGAGGGUUUGGGGCAGAGUCACGAGGGGUGAGAUGAUGGUGCCAGUGGAAGUUGGGGAGGGGAAGAGGAGCGAGGAUCUGAAGAAGGAAUUGAAUGGAGAGCUGGGAGUGGUGUGGACCAUUGCGUAUUAUGUGCUGUUGGUAGUGGGUGCCGUGGGAUGGUGGAGAUGCCUUUGGCCGCUGUCAGAGAGCGAUAUGGCGUUGACGACUUUCUAG